AUGAAUGACUACGAACAACGCUUUCAACGAUCACUACAGAAAUUGACUGUACCUUUAUGGUAUACUGAUACCAUUCCGUUGUCGGCUAUAAGCAAUAGUACUAGUAAACAAUCGAUUAUCUCAACACCGUCUAUACCACCGAAACCUCAUUAUCGGCAAACUCAACGCACACCGGAAAUAAUUCAUUUACAACAUCCAUACAAUUAUCGUUCGUGCCGCUCGUCGUUGGCAACAUCACCAUCACCAUCAAUUCAUUCAUGGCAUCCAAAUCAUAUGAUUGAAGGAAUGACCUUUUCUCUCUCAAAGCCUUCAACAUCACGGCGACAUCAAAAAUAUGAAAAGGGCAUUGAUCGUGUAUCAAAAUCAAGCCGUUGGUAUCGACCGACCCAGUUGACAGAUAAUCAAACAGCAAAUAGUCAAACAGGUAGAUAA